GAUGAAACAGGUGCCUAUUUAAUAGACAGAGACCCAACCUACUUUGGGCCAGUGCUGAACUAUCUCAGACAUGGGAAACUGGUUAUUAACAAGGACCUAGCUGAGGAAGGUGUACUGGAAGAGGCUGAAUUCUACAAUAUCACAUCACUAAUAAAACUGGUAAAGGACAAAAUAAGAGAAAGAGACAGCAAAAUCUCACAGGUGCCAGUCAAACAUGUAUACAGGGUGCUGCAGUGCCAGGAAGAGGAACUCACUCAAAUGGUUUCCACAAUGUCCGAUGGCUGGAAAUUUGAACAGCUGGUCAGUAUUGGUUCUUCCUAUAACUAUGGCAAUGAAGAUCAGGCUGAAUUUCUGUGUGUUGUCUCAAAGGAAUUGCAUAACACUCCCUAUGGCACAACCAGUGAACCCAGUGAAAAAGCAAAGAUUUUGCAAGAACGAGGUUCCAGGAUGUGAAGACAGUAUUGAAUGGUGACAGUUUUUUCUCUUUUAUUCCAAGACGCAGUGAAUUGUCACACUGAAGAGGCUCGGCUGCAAAAAGAAAAAAAUCCGAUUUAGACAAUUUUCUGUUGAUCUGGGUUCAACCAUUUUUGCCUAUAAGCUAGUGUCAACUGGCUGAGAGCAUUGCAAGAUUACGUAACAGGAAUAGAUGGUGUGGGAGUGUGUGUUAAGUUUUGGUUGUAGUGCAUGGUUGUACUCUCUUGUGGGCUGACUGACACUGGUCAUUUGAAAAGAAAUGACCAUGCACUCAUAUUUUCCUCUGAGACAUGUAGCACUUAAUGUCUGGUGCUGGAUGACCCAAUGUUGAUCAGUUUGGAGAUGUUUUCCUACUAAUAAUUGUAAACGUUUAAAGGACAAUGUAAUUGGUGCUACACACACACACACACACACACAUAUUACAGCCCACAAAGUCAAAUAUUUGGGCCUACAUUGUUUCAGAAUCAGUGGCAGCCCCAGUUGACUGUGUUAUACUGCACAUUCCUUAUGGCUCUGUGACAUACUCUAUUAUGUAAUAACAGCCUAGGAGAUCAACUGAAACUAGCACGUAAAAAGCUACACAACAGACAAAAGGUUUCUCUAAAGGAAGG